UAGUGAAAGAGUUGCACAUCGGUGGGCUCCACUUCAAAACGUGUCACAGACCACGACCGUGCUGCAGGAGGCCUCUGCAAACGCUGCGCUGCAAUGAUCCCAUUUGACACGGCGGAGAAGAGGGUUACAGGUGGGGCGUGGUUUGAUAUCUCGCUGAAUUAUCUCUAGGCAGGCGCCAACAAACACCACAAAGCCUGGUUCACAAGCUAUUGUCGUCUGUGAGUGGAAAAUGGACCAAAAGUGGAUUCAGAUGCUGGUGAUUCUGGUGUUUUAUCAAAUAAUGGCCUCAGGAGCUGGUGAAUUAGUUGUGAAAGAGGGGGCCAAGGUCGAUAUCGAGUGCAAGCCUGCUGAGACGUUCAACACGGUCAUCUGGUUUCGAGUUCUGGACAAUUCAGGGAUGGAAUUCAUCGCUUCUUUUGGCAGAGAUGGCAGGAUGAAGUCGAACCAAUCUCCCCUCUCCCCAUACAUUGAUACCUCAAAGGUGGACAAACACAUCCUGACGCUGAAGUCCUUCAGCAAAGCUCGGGACAGCGGCACCUACAGCUGCACGAUCAUUCAAAGCAACGAGAUGAAAUUUGGCAAAGUAACACGACUGAUAGGAGAGAAAAAAGUUGAGGUCACGACCAGAGCACCACGGGUCAUCGCUUCCACAAGAAGUCCAUCCCUGACCACUUCAGCCUGUGUUUGUAAGGGCAACACUAACACAGGUGAAACCAGUUCUUUCAUCCCUUGUUCAACAAUCAUUCUGGGACCACUGGCCGGCGGCUGUGGCCUUCUCCUUCUCCUCCUCCUCAUCACCCUCCUGUACUGUAACCACAUAAGGACACGGAGAUGCCCGCACCACCACAGAAGAAAGCCGCGUACGAUGGCUCCUGGAAAACAGAUGAAGAACAACACACAUGUUUAAUCUAAAUGCGGCUGUUUUAUUUCUUUAAACUGUAAUUAUUUUGACACUGUCGUGCUAUUGUUCCUAAAAUAAUCUAAUUUACAGUUUACUUACACUGUGAGUAAUUUACUGGCAACUUAAAACAUUUUCAGUGACAGAAUGUGACAGAAAAUAUAAACCAAGAAUCUUUCAAGUAAAAUUUUCAUCAAACUUUAAAAGCUUUUCUUUGUCAACAUUAUCUGCGUUGUGGUUUGACAGUCGAUUGAGCUGCUCUGUCACAAUCUCAAUGGUCUCUUUUACUCAAAUAACAUGUUUUGAAGUGUUUAUUUAUCCAAUCACUAUCAAUCCAGAUAAUAAUCAAAAGCAAGAUUAGAAUUUAUGAAUUAAUGUAUUUAAUUUCACUUUUGUAUAGAUCCCAUUGAUAGUUACGUUUAUUUUUUAUUGUUUUACAUUUAAGUUCUUGUUUUGAAAGCCACAUUUUCACAGCUGAUUUUCUCUGUUUCCCUGCAUUGAUUUUUUAAUUUCAACUACACUUCUUCACUUGUUUUUACAUCUGUAAUUUUUCUGAUUUAACUUCUCUUCAGCCCUAAAGAUUUCUUUUUUCAAAAUCAAAUGAUCAUAGUGAAGAAGAAUCGUAUAUCUGGCAGGAGGCUAAGCUGAAAUGAAAUUUUAGAUAACACGUUUUAUUUAGUUACCCUUUUUUUUGGUGUGACUAUAAUUUCUCUUGUUUCAAAUUAAUGAGAAGCAAAUAUUGAAUUGUUGUCUUCUUGAAAAUGGAUGUACAGUAUUUUAGAAUUGGUUGAUUUUUUCAUUUUAUUUUAAAUAUUGUAAAAAGAAAAAUAAAGACAUUU